CGCUGACGGCCUGACCGGUGAGAGAGCGCGGCGCACGGGAGGCAGGCUGGCUGGCGAUGGGUCCGGGGAGAGCCGCCGUGACAGAGCUGCUGGGUCCGGAGCAAUGAAGUGACGGGGGGGAGGUGAGUGGAUGCUCUGGGUGCCAUGGCAGCGGGGAGGGAGGGAGGAUGCUGCAAACCCUGCAUCCCCUGCAACACUGUAUGGAGGAGGGAAGGAGCUGCUUCUUCAUGGUACAUGGGGGGUAGGACUACGCCCUGAGCCCUAACACAGGACCACAGGGUGCAGAGCAAUCUGUGUGUGCUGCAGAGCAAUCUGUGUGUGCUGCAGAGCAUCUAGUUUCUGUGCAGAGCAAUCUGUGUUUGUGCAGAGCAUUAGGUGUGUGCUGCAGAACAUUCAGUGUGUGCUGCAGAGCAUCUAGUUUCUGUGCAGAACAUUCAGUGUGUGUUGCAGAGCAUCUCGUUUCUGUGCAGAGCAAUCAGUGUGUGCUGCAGAGCAAUCAGUGUGUGCUGCAGAGCAUUCUGUGUGCUGCAGAGCAUUCUGUGUGCUGCAGAGCAUCUAGUUUCUGUGCAGAGCAUUCAGCGUGUGCUGCUUGGAUCGGAGAGUGCAGCACAUCCUAGAAUAUAGCUCUGCAAUAGGGGAGGAGCGCAGCACUGCAACGCUACCUCAGGUCGUGCAAAUAGUAUAGGAUCUGCACAGGGUGGUAUUUAUUAAAAGCACGAAAAGAGAAUUCAAUUAGAGUAAAAGAAAUUGCAGCGGAUAAAUAGGGACACAUCAGCCUAAGGGAGUGCAGCUCAACGUAAUCAGAGAAAGUAAAAUGACCUUGGCAAAUGCAGCGCGAUACAGUGACAACGACCACGACAAACACCUCAAAAUUUUUAUAUAAAAAGAGCACCGGCGAAAUGCACAUGAUUUUGCAGAACAAUUCUGGCCAAGUGCAGUGCACUCUGCCAUCGUGGUGAUCCCAGAUAAUGGAGUCAUUUUUAACAGAAUAAUCUGGGUGAGUGCAAUUUUGCAUUACCUUAUCCAGGUGUCUGUAUUGUACAAAAAAUAAAUAUACGCUUUAAUAAGCAGUGCAAGUGUUUGCACAGUCUUAAUUCAGACUAACCCAUGCCUGUGCGUGUGGUAAAAUAGCCGUGGUGCGUGCAGUAUCGUUGAAUUAACCUGUGGUGUGCAUGUUAUUUAUUACUGGCAUUUAUAAAGCGCCAACAUAUUCCGCAGCAGGGUACACUUGGGAAAGACAACACAAUAAGAACAGACCGAUACAACAGGUAGAGAGCAUGUAGUAUGUUAAAGUUUGACAAAGUUGGUCUGUUUUUUUUUUUUGUUUGUUUUUUUUUCACAUUGGGGAUUACGUAAUCAUUUUCACUCAGUCUUAUGAUUCAUGUGCGACAUGACACCCAUUACUAUCCCAUACACACACACGUUAUCUAUAACACACAUUACACGCAAGUGGAACCCAUAUCUCAUACAGUAUCCACAAUCCGUACAACGCCAUAAUGGCGCCCACACUCCUUUUAGCAGUUGACAUGAAUUUUUUUUUUAAAAAAGGGGGUUUAUGACGCCCAUUACUAUCCCAUACACAUGGCAUCUAUAACACACAUUGCUCAUAUUGCAAAUGGAACCCAUGUCUCAUACAUUAUCUACACUCAGCACCAUAAUGGCACCCACACUCCUUUUAACCAUUAACAUCAGAAAAUGCAAAAAAGAGGUCUUUAUGGUACUGUGGUGCAGGUUUUUACAGCUAUGCCUUUUCGUGAAGCAGAAUUGUUAUUCUUAAACGUGAGGGUGAGGUGGACAUAAUUGGAGGUGGUAUCACAUGCUGCAGUGGUUUGCAGUGCCAAUAGAGAAAAGGGGCAGCUUCGGUGGUGGCUGGCACUGGGCUGUUUGGCAUAGCCUGCUGGUGUACAUGCGUACAUCACAUGAUUUAGCAUAGGCCUUUCAAAUACAAAAAAAAAUCAGAUUGCUGGAUUUUGUAGCCUUGUUCACGUUACUGUGUAAAGCUGCAUGUUUUUAAAUUGAUUUAUUUUAACGUUCUAUCUGGCCUGUAACUGCGAGAGCCAAGCAUGCUAUGUUUCUUACUGCAUUAACACACUGUCGGGUCUUACAUUAACACAGCACACAGCCAGGUAUAGCCCAGUAGAAAUGGCAGUUUCCCACGGCAACGUUGAAGAAACUGCAAAAGAAGCCAAGAUGAUUUUUUUUUUUUUUCUUAUAUAGUUUAAGCCCAGAAAGGUUUGCUUAGUGUCACCUACGAGAAAUUAGGAUGCAUAAUAUCUAGGUAAACUGGUGCUUGUAUAUGUAGAGCCCUAUAAUAGGUGCUAGUCCAUUCCUCGUUGCAUCAUUCUUUUGCUACAGCAGUGCCCUUGGCAGUAGACCAUAUGUUAGGAGUGAUCUCCCCUGUGAGAUGCAGUGUGCCAAUUGUUUUGAAGAUUGUGAGGAUGCCGAAUUGAUUGAUUUAAAAAAAAUAAAUAAAUAAAUAAAUUUUAAAUUGUAUUUUUUAUCUAAGAAAAACAGCUGUCGUUGACUCUGGGAUAUUGAUGACACUGAGAACUGGUGCAUGACUUGCAUUGGAUAAUUGGUAUGUGUAACCCAUUACGUACCUCACUUGAGAUAUGUAGUUCUGCUGUAUAGGCGUAAAAGUGGAACUUAUAUAUAUUUUCCUUUCUUAAACACAUCUUUUUAUUUUUUUUUCCUGAUAGCUCAUAGUUUUACAAAUACUAAUUGUCCUGCAUCAUGCCUAGUUGGAUAAUAGAGAACUUGAGGACCUGCGUUCUUUUAAUAACUGAUCGUAAACGCCUUUGAAAAGUUUGAAGUUACAUAAUGCCUUAUCGAUGUUGCUCAUGCAGCUUUGUAAGUUCUCUUUUGACUUUUCUACAAAUCCAAAAAUGGAAGAAGAAAAAAAUACAACUUAAAGGACCACUAUAGUGCCAGGAAAACAAACUAGUUUUCCUGGCAGUAUAGGGUCUUUAGGUCCCACUCCUGCUGGGCCGAAGGGGUUAAAACACUUGCCUUUCUCCAGCGCUGGGGAACUCUCCUCUUCCUGCUGACAUCAGCGCCGCAGGUGCGGCAAGAGCCUCGCGCACAUUCAAUCUGUCCAUAGGAAAGCAUUUCUCAAUUUUUUUUCAUAUGGACGUCCAGCAUCUUCUCACUGUGAUUUUCACAGUGAGAAGCGCAGAAGCGCCUCUAGUGGCUGUCAGUGAAGAAUGGAUUAACCCUCAGUGAAACAUAGCAGUUUCUCUGAAACUGCUAUAUUUACAGCUGCAGGGUUAACACUAGAGGGACAUGGAAACCAGACCACUUCGUUGAAGUGGUCUCGGUGCCUAUAGUGGUCCAUUAAUACUAUUCAGGAAAUAGACAGUUGAAACUCUUUUACCUCCUCAACUACACUAUAUAGAACUGCCCAUUGUAAAGUUGUAUGGUAAUGUGUUCGUGCUCUAUGAACUAACAUUUACAUAUUUAUUUAAAUGUAACUAUAUUCACCAAAACAGCUUUAGCUUAAUGAAGCAGUUUUUGUAUAUAGAUCAUGCCUCUGAAGUUUCACUGCUCAAUCAUCUGCCAUUUAGGAGUAAAAUCACUUUUGUUUCUGUUUAUGCAGGUCCUGCCACAUUUCCCCUGGCUGUGACUAACACAGCCUGCAUGAAAACAAAAAUGGUUUUAUUUUCAAUCAGAUGUUAACUAACUUUAAAUGCUCCUCCUGCUCUGCAAUUUGCACUUUUAUUUGCAUACAAGAGCUUCCUGCAGGGUCUAGCAAGCUAUUAACAGAGGCGGAGAUACGAAAUUCCAAAAUAAACAGAAUUUGCAAUACAGGAAAUGUAAACAUUAGAUGACUUUACAGGAAGUAUUUAGGAAGGCUGUGCAAGUCACAUGCAGGGAGGCGUGCCUGGGGCUGCAUAAACAAAGUGAUUUAACUCCUAAAUGGCAUAUAAUUAAGCAGUGAGACUGCAUAGGCUUGAUCUAUACACCAAAACUGCAUUAUUAAGCUAAGGUUGUUUUGGUGACUAUAGUGUUCCUUUAAGUUAAAUGAUGCCUUAUCAAAACUACAGCAUAUAGGCCCAUUGCAAAAUGCUUUGGUAUAUGUUUGUGUUCUAUGCUUAUGAAAAAACAUUUACAUAUUUUUUAAGAGCAAAACACAUGCAUUAUAAAUGCACUGUAUGAUUAACCGUGUCUUUGCUUUAAUGUUUAUACAAAAUAUCCUGGGGAAAAAGUAAUGGUUCCAGAAGAACUACAUUUCAUUCAGCAGUUUGGGAAGAGGAGAAAGUUGUUUGUUUAAAUUAUUUUUUCUGUCUGCCUGCUGUGCAAUUUUCAUUGCUGUGUGUAUGGUUAACAUUCUUUACCAAUAGCACUUGACUGUUCCACGCACCGAAUACAGGUGGACAUUUAAUCAACACUGUAUGGCCCUGAUAUAUUUAUUCACCACCAUUUACUGCAUAGACAACUGCCUCCAGCACUGUUCUCAUGCGCACGUACUAUAAGGACUAUGGCUGUAGAUUGCGUAUAUACAACAGAUGAUGUUAUACUGCUUCAUUAUGCACAACAAAUAAUUGUGUUUUGAUCUAUUAAAUCAAUUAAUAGAUUUAUUUUAAAUAACUGGACUUUGUCGUGGAAGCAUGCAGAACAUGUUUUUUUGUUGUUGUAGACUAACUGGUGUUGUAAUUAUAGUAAAAAUGAAUGUGCUGGGAAUUAGCAAUAUAUUUGUUUGCCAUAAACCAUCUCAGUUUCCUUUUUAUAUUAGAAAAUAUAUAAAUAAAACAGCUGACGUUACGCACGUUAGUGAGCGGUUAAUAUUAGUAAUUAUAAUACCAUUGUAAAAAUAGCAUGUAGCCAAUAAUCACACAUCUCCCUAGCAACCAGUAGUCAAAUUAGCUCUGUGUCCUUAUUUAAUCCAAGGCAGAGACCUAUACCAUGCCUCGCUAAUGCGUUUUUAUGAACAUCCCAGAAACUGGCCGGACCGUUCCAUUGUUUUAAGGGUUAAUAGUGUAUAUUUUAAACGUCUUCACUUUGACACCCUCGUUUCUCUUUGAUGUAAAAAUAUCACUGUAUUUUUCCGUAUUCAGGGAUGAACUGUCCUUCCCCUCCCCCCCCUCCUGAAUGCACUGUGUGUGCGCUGGAUUCAUUUACAGAUUGAGUCGUCUGUCUACCGUACUCUUCACCUCUGCAGUAUUCUAUUCUAUAUAAACACAAGACAAUUCUACCGGCACAUGGUGCUGAUAGUACAUUAAUAAAACAAAAUACAUCUGAAAGCUGCGUUGAUGAGUAAGAAUGGUGGUUUAGAUCAGACAAGGGUCAGCCGAGGUGAACAGCAAAACGAAGAGAGUGCAUGUAUCAUUACAGUAACCCAUACAAAUUGCAUCCAAGGGCCCAAAUGAUGGUUUAUUGCUUGUGGCAGUACAUGUUUUCAAAUACUUGCCCUUUUCCAUUAUACAUCUUUAACAUUUAAAUGUUUUUUUGUCUUUUUUGUUUUGUUUUUUCUUUUUAAUAGCCACUUGCUAAGUAAGGAUAUGCAUGAAGGACUUACUAUGGACUGAAUAAUAUAAAAUUGCUCAACAUGAAAGGAAAACUAUAGUGUUAGGUAUAUAAAAACUACAGUUACUCACUGAUUUAGACUUGGGUGGAGUGAAAUGAAGAUGACAUUUUAAAAAAAUGAAUUAAGGUGGAAAUUAAGGGUUUUACAAGACACACUCCUUGCUGCUGCUAUCUUCACCUCUGGGAUGCCAUCCUGUAGGCUUUCUCACCUUUGCCUUCUCGUCCAAUCCAGUACUUCUCACAGAGAAGCAUUGGGGAUAAAAAGCGCAUGUGCAGUGAGAACCUUGCUCAUCCAUUCAAAUACCCCUCAUGGGGAAGCAUUGAAUCCACUGAUUAACAUUUGAUGACGUUUGUCUGAGGAAGGAAGACAGCCACUAGAGGUGUGUUUGUGUGUACUGCAGCACCUGGUUUAUUGAGAUAAAGUGGUCUUGGUGCCUGUUGUGAUUAUUUACACUAUAUAUAGACCAAUGAUUUUCUCUGCUAAAUAGUAAAUUGCACUAUUUAAGCUAAAAUUGCAGUUUUGUAGUUUUAGUUAUCAUAGCCCUCCAUAAUUUUCAAAAUUGUAAACAUUAUUGUACCGGUUCUGGCAAAUGAAUGACUAGGAAAUAGGGUAAAAACAUACCUUUUUUCCCGCGUUGUGCAGAUCUGUCCACAAUGGCACGUCCCCCAAUUCGUCUCCUUGGCUCAUAGGAGAGAAUUGGAUUGGCUGAGAUUGUCAGUUCUGAUGAUCUCAGCCGAGGAGGCGGGGCGGGGGGCAGAGCCAAAUGCAUUGCUUGCCAAUUACCAUCUCCUUUAUAGAGAUACAUUGAAUCAAUGAUUACAUAAAAAUGUCUGCAGGGACUGACUAUACUCACCAGAACAACUACAUUAAGCUGUAGUCAUUCUGGUGAUUAUAGUGUCCCUUUAACCCCUUAAGGACCAAACUUCUGGAAUAAAAGGGAAUCCUGACAUGUCACAUGUCAUGUGUCCUUAAGGGGUUAAUAUUCUGAUUUAAAUACAAAAGUUCUUUAUGUUGACUUUGAAAGGAUGCUAUUAAUGCAAACAAUUCAAGUCAUUAUAUAUUGAUUCCGUUGUUGCCUUCUUAAAGUGACAAUAUAUUGAAGUGAUCUGGGUCUAGUGUCCCUAUUGCACUUAGUGCUGCAAUGUUAAACAUCACAGUUCCAGAGAAACUGCAAUGUUUACAUUGUAGCACUAAGUCUGCCCCCAAUUGCUGUCUACCUGGCAACCACGAGAGGUGCUUCCAGGAUCCUAUUGAACUCUUGGUCCAGUAACUAACGCUGCACAUCCUUACGCUCCCCUAUGGGGAGGCCUAAUGCGCGCAAGGCACUGGCUGCACAUGUGCGCUAGCGUUUGCUCAUUGAGGGACAUCAGAGGAUGCUGAGCUGGGACCCUGCGCCGAGGGACCUUGGCGCUGGGUCAGGUAAGUAAAUGGUUUUUAGCUUUUAUUUACCGUGGCAGGAGGGGGGAGGCAGAAGAAGCUAUAGUGCCAGGAAUAGUGCUCUGGGAACAGUUUGACAAAAUCCAGGGCACUCCAUGCCUCUCUGCUCCCUCCUUAGGAGUUAAUGUGGAAUUUGCAUUGUCAAUUUUAUCUAUCUUAAAGAGCUCCAGGGCAGAUUACAUCAUAUGGAAGUGCACUGUCUACUACAACAAUCACAAAAUCAUAUGACAAUAAAAGUGUGGCAAAGGUUAAAGGGAAACUUGAGGCACCAUGACAACUUCAUCAAAAUGAUGUUGUUAUGGUGCCAGAAGAUGCUUGGUGCUGGCAUACCUUUUAGGGGUUAAACUGGUAAUGAACGAUUUAACCCCAAAGUGUUGAGUUCAGUUCCAGUUCUGCCCCUCUCCUUCUGCUUUUCUCCGAGAAUUGAAUGAGGAAGUCUUGGACAUGGGAGCGGCUGAUGGGCUUAGAACUCUGCUGAUGCUGCUCUCUUUUCACAAAAUAUUUUUCUCAAUCCAUUGGAACUAGUGAAGCUAGUCGGUGGCACCGAGGCUUCCUUGUUCAGCAAUGUUUAUACUGCAGGGUUAAGACUGCCAUUUGUGGCUGUUUACCAGACAGCCGCUAGAGGCGUGUUGUGCUGUUUCAUGGAGUUUGACUCCGUGAAACGAUUCCAUUCGCCGUGCAUGUGCACUAGGUUCCCCUUGGGAGUUGAAACUAGCACCGGGGGACCUCAUCGCUGGAAUAUGGUGAGUGUUUAAAUUUCUUUUAGCCCUUUAUUUGCUGGGGUGGGGGCAGAGGAACACUUUGGUGUUAGGAAUACUGUUUUGUAUUCAUUCCUAAUACUAAAGUGUUCCUUUAUUCCUAAAAGAUUUUUCUGUCCAGGUUGACACACCAGGGUAUUCUAGCUGCAAAGAUGCUAUCGUAGACACAAGCUAAAAUUAAUGUUUUUUGAUAAGGAUUAAAAAAAAUAGAUUUUAACGGUUACUCCAAACACCACGAUUUGAAGUGGUCGUGGGGCCUGGAGUCUGUAUGUGCAGAGUUUCACUGUGAGAUGAAGCAGUCACAGUGCCUACUUGUCCUUUUAGCUUUUGGACAGGUGUAUUUACCAAAGUGAGAAUUCAAAGUGAAUGUCAAAUUCAAGGCAGAAACAGCUAAGCUAUAAUCCGCUAUCCUUUCUGAACGCAUACCAUGGCCUCAAAUUAUUACUUUAGUGAUUAAUCCUGUAAAUUUUGCAAAGAAAGAUCAUAACCCGAUGAAAACAAAUUAAUCAGAAAGACAAGGUUGUUAAAGCAGCACUGUCACCGUCGUUGGUUGCAUGUGACAUUGCCGCUGGUGGUCCGGGGGGUGGAGGGUAACGGAAAACUACUUACCUAAACCUGUUCCUUGCAGGCGCUACCAUUUUAAUCACGCUUCAGCGACAGGAGCCAAUGUUACUGCUGUAUGUGAAAGUACAACAUUGAGGUCUACGGACGAGACCGUGGGAUCCUCCAUAGACCCAGCCAAUUCCCUGCAGCCAUCAACGAUGACGGCUGCAGGUCUUGACCCAUAGACUCUACUUUGUCUCUGUAUAUUUCUUGACUGGGUUGGAAUUUCAGUGAAAUUUCAACAGUUACAAUGAGUAUUUCAUAAAGAUUCUAUCUUUUAUAAACUACAGAUUUUUCAGGUAGGGGAUAACAGUGCCACUUUAACAUUGUGUAACACGUACAGACCAGAAUGGCUGUGCUGAAACGCUGAACAUGAAGUAUGUAAUACCUCCUAAAGCAAAUAUAUCACUUAUCCCUAUAUAUAUUUUUAUAUUGUAUGCCAUUUAUUUGUUUUAUCUCUGUGUGUGUGUAAUAUAUAUAUAUUGGGACCCUAGCCGCAAACUAACUGUGCUCCACGAUGGGAAGAGAAUCCAAUUACUGCAACAGUCGGAAGCAGGGAAGUUCUUCAAAGCACUGGGACUGCCUACGCCAGAGACUUUGCUGAAACCUACUCCUGGCACAAACCCCUAACCCUCGGCCAAGGUGUGGGGUGUGCGUAAUAUACCCUUUUACCCGCAGCAGUGGAGCAGAACUCGGCUGGCACCUGAGAAACAUCUAUGACAUUCCUCACAACACCAGUUGCCACUGUUUUACCUAUCAACCCACUGGAGAUGAUAUUGUGUUUGUUGUUUUCUAUACGAUAGUCUUUUGUUAUAUGCGUUUUCACCAAAUGCUCUUAUAUACAUGCUCUCACUGGAGACUUAUCCCCCACACCCUCCACUAGAAGCAGAAGGUUUCAGCGUUUAUACUACUCAUCACAAAAUGUGUUGCCCAGCUGAUGUGUCUUAUUGCUUAACAGCUUUACUGUGCUGUAGCCAGUAUUUUCUUUUGUCAACUGUCGCUGUUUAUAACUUCUGAAUGCACUCAAAAUGUAGCAUGCUAUGCCUUUACCAAUCUGUAGGUUACCUAUAUGCUACAAUAAUAUAUGAAAUAAAAUAAAUAUAUUAAACAUUUUUUAUUAAUAAACAAAAGUUAAAAUAAAAAUUAAUGAUAAAUUAAAAAUAAAAUACAACAAUUUAAUAAUAUAAAAAUAAAAUAAAUUAAUAUUUUGUAGUUGACAUGCUUUAAAGCAGGAAUUUAUGGAAUUGAAAAAAGUGCAGAGGUGGCUGCAAAAUUAAUAAGGGGAAUUGAAGAUCAUCAUGAAGCAAGAGUUGAAAAAUAUAUGGACUGUUUUUAUUAUAUAAGAACAGUAAAAUUAACUAAUUUCCAAGAGGAUAUAAUUAUUUUAUAGUUUUUAGGUCUUAUAUCCAGUUUUUACAUUUUACAAUAGUAGAUUAACAAAAUGUUUGUAUAUAUAGGCAUGUAGUUCCAAAGAGGUAUUGGGCAAACCAGUACUAUGCCUUAAGCUUUAUAAAUUAGAAUUGUGUUAUGUUGAAACUCGCAGCAGUAUGAGACUUAUCCACACUCUUUAUGGCAUGUUCCAGGGGGUGGACCUUGUGGAGUCGGGCAGCAUACCAGUGACGCAACAUUGGGUGCGCCUGCGAGGAGGGUGGUAAUGUCCACAGGAGGGGGUUAUAACUUGUGUAAUGCUUAAGAGACUCUCUUCCACUUCAUCCGUUGGAUGUUAAUAUCAGAAUAUACAACCUAAGCUUGAAUAACUAACCAUGCAAGAGGUUAUGUUUGAUUAGAAGAGCUACUGAAGCAUAAAUGUUCUAACCAGUGGACAUACAGCUAAAAAGUUGAAAUAUUCUUAUAAAUGUUAGCCCUGUAUGAACUGGGGUAAAGCUGUGUUGAAAGGUUUUGGAGUGUGUUUUUCUUUGACUGGGGAUUGGCUGGAAAUCUGCGAUGGACUCGCAUGGUAAAUCUGAGAUGGAACUAACUCAGUCAUCAUUAAUAAUUAGGAGGCAAUGUAAAUUUUGAUGACUGCACAAUUGUUUUCUUUGGUGACUCGCUGUUAAAGUGAUUAAUAUGUUUUCUGUUAAGUUCUCUUGUUUUUAAAAAAAAUGUUUUUCUGUGUGUAAUUCCAUUUAAAGGGACACUAUAGGCACCCAAACCACUUCAUCUCAUUGAAGUGUUUUGGGUGUAGUGUCCCUGUCCCCUUAGCCAUGCCAUUAGGACUGCCUCUAAAAGUUUCCUGGCCUUUCACAGAUUUUAACUCCAUGAAACAACGCUGGACAUCCUCACGCUCUGUAUGAAGAUGUCCAGUGUCUUCAAGCACCACCUAUUGAAGCACUGAUUCAUGGCUUUCCUACGGGGAUGGUCUAAUGGGGUAAUUGCUCUCUGCACAUUCGCGUUUGCCCCAAUCAUCAGUAGAGGUCGGAGGAAGAGUCCAACCCAGUGAUGAGGGAAAUUGGCACUAAAAUCGGGUUAAAUAAAGUUUUUUUUUUUUUUAUCCUUGAGGUCCAUACCACCGGGGGUGGGGGGGUAGAGGGACUCUUUAGUGUUACUUUUUUUAUGUUCAGAAUAAAUUGUUUAGUAAGUUUUGCUCUAGUCUAUUAUUAGACCUACAUUAUCAAAUAGACUGGUGUCAUACAUAUGCACAAUAACUAAUAGCGUAAAACAAUUAUGCUGUAUAGCUGUAUUUAAAAUGUGGUUUUAUUUGUUUUUUCUUGUUUUUUCCUUUUUCUUGUCUGAGUAUCCCUCGUUAAAUAAUCUUAGUGGUGAUAGAUGUAAAAGGUGGAUAAGUGUGAUUGGCUUGGAAAGGUCAUGGGCUUUCUUGUCUUUAGACUCCCGCAACUGUAUAAGAAAGGUCUGCAUAAGCUUACAGAGUAGAGAAGUGGAGAUGUAAGUGCUUUGAGUGAGGGAAGGAGGGAGAGCGAGUAGGCUAGUGACAUUACAGAUGGUGGGGAGUUAGUGAAAUGAGCAAUAGUGACAUGAGAAGGAAGGAGUUGGUUAGUUAUAUAAGGAAAGGAGAGGGAGUGGACUGGCUACAUGGUGGAAUGCGCUACUGAAAUGGCCAGUGGAGUACAUACAAAUAUACUCCUGCAUUCACACUCAUGAUAACUCCACACAUUAACCUAGUCACAUGCCACUGAUGCAUCUCUGCAGUCACGUGCUGGCAUAUCACACAUUUACACCUUUACAAUCACAUGGUUUUUUUAUUCAUGUUAUAUAUAUGUCUCAAAUUGCCAUUCACAGACACAGAGAUGGUGACACAUAGGUACCUUACUAGAAGAUUAGAACUUGAAAUUUGAACACGUCGUUUACAGAAUACAGGUUUCGUGUGCAAUCUGAGAAAGGGACAUGGCAGUUUAAGUAAUAAAAAUGAUAUGUGUUGUCCAGAAAUCUAAAAAAUGCCGUUGUUUUGAAGGGGUUAAUGUUUGAGUCUUUAAACUUCAUAAAUUUCACAUGCGUUUCUUUCAAUCCAUUUUUAGGUGACAAGAGAAACUAAAUAUGGAAAGAGGAAGAGGGCAAAGAGAAGGUGCAGGUAUAAACAGGAAUAUUUAUCCUCAACAAUAUAGUUACCCUUCAUCGCAGAACUUAGAGAUACAAGAGCUUGCAUCCAAAAGAGUUGACAUUCAAAAGAAGAGGUUUUACUUGGAUGUCAAACAGAGCGCUAGAGGACGUUUCUUAAAGAUUGCUGAAGUCUGGAUUGGAAGGGGGAGGCAAGAUAAUGUCCGGAAAAGUAAGCUUACUUUAUCUCUGUCUGUGGCUGCGGAAUUAAAGGACUGUUUAGGAGAUUUUAUUGAGCACUAUGCUCACCUAGGUCUACGAAGCAGCCAUGCUCAAAGAACAGAACAUGGGAGUGAAAAAGAGCAUGAUGCAAGAAGACGACCUCAUCCAUCUUCCCCUUCAGGAUCUGUGGGAUCAGAAGAGCCCACAACUCAUAGUGUUCUAAAAACAGAAUACAUUGAGCGUGACAACAGAAAAUAUUAUCUGGACCUUAAAGAGAAUCAGCGAGGACGCUUUUUAAGAAUUAGACAAACCAUGACACGUGGACCUGGGAUGAUUGGAUAUUUUGGGCAGAGCCUAGGCCAGGAACAGACUAUAGUUCUGCCGGCCCAAGGUAUGAUUGAAUUCAGAGAUGCGUUGGUUCAGCUUAUUGAAGACUAUGGUGAAGGAGACAUUGAAGAACGACGAGGUGGGGGAGAUGAACCUCCUGAACUUCCAGAAGGGACAUCUUUUCGUGUGGAUAAUAAGAGAUUUUACUUUGAUGUAGGCUCCAACCGAUAUGGCAUAUUCUUGAGAGUGAGUGAGGUCAGGCCACCAUACCGUAACACUAUCACAGUCCCUUACAAAGUGUGGACGAGGUUCGGAGACAAUUUUAUCAAGUAUGAAGAAGAGAUGAGAAAAAUUUAUAACAGCCAUAAAGAAAAGAAGAUGGAUGUGCGUGUGGACAGCAGUGAAGAGCAGGAGUGUCCCGAAUAGACACCUGUCAUUAAAGAGAAAAAAGCCUCGCAAAUUUUUAAUUUUUCAGAAAGAAUUUGGAGACAAAAUCUGUAGUCUUUUCAAGAGUCCUUUUUUUUUUCUUGCUUUUGAUUUUUAGCAGAGUAACAAUAGGAAAAACUAAACUUUAAGGGCCUGGUAUCCAGUAUCUAAACUACAACACAAAAUACUCUAAGUGUACCAGCCUCCUUUAGAGCUGCUUCAAUAGAUUUCAAGACUAUAGAAGUAUGUUUUUGAUCAGCACAAAGUACAACACUUAAAUACCUUAGGUAAGGCUUGAAUUGCACUAUCAAAGCAAAUUCUAUAUAUCUAUAUUUCUACUUGUAUAGAUGUAUAGAUGCAGAUUCUACACCUAGAAAAAGACAUUAUCUAAAGAAAUUUUUAUCUAUCCAAUUUUAAAGGAAAACCUCUGCCAGGCUUGUACACAGGGCUUUUAUUACUGUGAAUGUAUAGGAAAUGCAUUUACAAUUUGCAAGGCUCUAAUGGUAAGAGUUAUCCGUAGGACAGGUGAAUAAAGGUAAAUGAUAGUGUGUAAUACAACUAACAGUUUAAAGCCAAGGAAUUUAUAUAACGUGAAACAAAAAAUACUAUAUUAAUGGGUCAACGAAAUGAUUGCACCAGUAAAAAAAAAAUAUAUAUAUAUAUAUAUAUAUAUAUAUAUAUAUAUAUAUAUAUAUAUAUAUAUAUAUAUAUAUAUAUAUAUAUAUAUAUAUAUAUAUAAAAUUAUAUACACUCACACACUUUAAAAAAAUGGGAGUAAUAUCUUCUAUUUUGCUUCUGCAAUUGUUCUAAUGUGGAAGAAGCUUGGGGGGGUUGGAGGUAAUUCUAGAUUUUGCUUGACCGCACCGAUUGCCUUUUUGAUGAAAUUUCUCCCUUCUCCAAAACUAAUUUAUAAAUACUGGUGCAUCUCUCUAGGGGCCCAUUCUACUAGGAAAAACUGUUUAUACCGUAAGUGAAGAGUAUAUAUUUUUUUUGUGUGUGUCAGGUAAUUAAAAUAUAUUGGUGAAUGUUAAGACAGGAUUAUUUUAAUGUUAGACGUAGUUUGCAUUGUUAUGAAGCAUCUCCUUGCAAAAGAGAAAACAAUAUGUGUGGCUGAUUUUAAAAACAAAGCUAUUUUAAACCACACGUAAGUUAGAAUACAGUACCCCUGUUUGUAACAGAGGACAAUUAAACAUACCAAAUCUACCCUUAACUAUGUAUUGUUUUGCACAAGGGUUGCUGACUUUGUAUGUUGGGUGUAGAAGCACUAUUAAAAAAAAAAAAAGUUUUAUUUUUAUUUUAAGAAAAAAAAAUUAUAUAUAGAAAUCUAUAUAAACUUGUUAGUGUUUAAAUGAAAUAUGUAUGUAUAUCAUAACUACGCAUGUCAAGAAUACAUAAAGAGUUGCUUUUAGUAAAGAAAAAUGGGGUAUAGAGUAUGUAUCACCAAAUGCUGUUGCUGCUAAUUACAGUGCCUGUCGUAAUUGAGAAAAUGCACAUAAUUAACUGGGUGAAUGUAAGAUCAAAUAUUGUGUGAGCCGGAUGCAUCUCUGUUCUGCAUCUCUGGUCCAGUCUGCAUUUGUUUACCCGUGCUGCGUGUCUUUACCAUUGGAGUUCUUGUAUGUCGUUUCCACGAGUUGGUGGUAUGUAACCAACAAUUAGUUCUUUGACUACACCUCCACAAACGCACAACAUCACUUUCGAUUACUUUUAAUUCUAUUUUAAAGCGGCAUUCUAUACCAUCCCACCCCAAACACCAAAUCCUAAAUAUUGAAGUUCCUUUGAAAUUGUAAAUUUUUGUGGUAUAUAAACCGCAAAGUGUUCCGAUCUUUUAGUACUUCUAUAGUCAUCCGGUUUGGUGUAUAGAUUUAUUAUACCAUUUUAUUUGUUUUCCUAAUUUGUCGGCAAAAGUCUCAUGUUAUAUAUUUAUUACAUUGAAAGAGCCACUAAGCUUUAGAUUUAGGUUUGUAGAAGAAAACAUUAAAGGAUCACUAUAGGGUCAGGAACACAAACCUGUAUUCCUGACCUAUAGUAAAAACCCACCACUCUGUAAAGGCAAUGUUUACAUGAAAUACCUGAAGGGAGCUAUUAAACUCACCAGAACAACUUCUUUAAGCUGUAGUUGUUCUGGUGACUAUAGUGUCCCUCAGAUCUGUAAGAACUUUUCCAGAAUCUCAAAAUUAGCAAACUAUUAUGUUGAUAUCUCCAAUGCCGAGUCUGGUUGAAGAAAACAAAGUUUGUUUCUCUCUUAGGAGGUUUUAAAGUCUUAUCAGACACUUUCUGUUUCUUAGUGUAAAUAGGAAGAAAACAAAACGUAAUUUUUAUAAAGUAUGCCCAAUAUAUACAAAAAAUUUAAAUACUAGGGCAGGAAAGAGUCCUUUUUGUUUUUGGAUGAAGUAAAUCUUUUGUUUGGAGGGGACAGAGGGAAGGCUAGUGACUCUUUAAAGGCUUAAACAGUAUCUAGUUGUAGAGACUUUGUACUAACUUUUCCAAGUCCUAAUUAGACAUACAGCAGUGACUUUACAUUGUUUGGAAACAUAUUAUUGGGAUUUACAUUUCAGAAAGAAUAACAAAAAAAAAAUAUAUAUAUAUGGGGGGGGGAAAAAAUUACAAACUAUAUAUUUUAACAUGUAGCGAAACAUACUAGAGUAUAGUAACAUUAGACUGUAAAUCGGUAAAUUUACUUCUGUUAGUUGUACUGGAGGAAUAUGUGGCUAAAAGAAUACAGUAAUAUUGUGACAGAGAAGGUUAUUGCAAGCUUCCAAGUAUUUUUCAUCAAACAUUAGAGAGGAUAAAUCUAUUUUAAAAUGGAUUAUUGCAAGGGAUUAAAUCCAAGACGGAGAAUGCUCUUAUUUUUACAGAGGAUGCUGGUUUAGAGUUCAUAACGAUUAUUCACAGUUUAAAAUACUAAGGACAGAUCUUAAAACACCGUUUAAAUGCCCUCCUCAGGCAGCAGUCACUCUAGAUCUAGUAAAUUCAAGAGCUUUUAAUGUGGACCUGGCAUUUAUUUAUUUUAAAGGGACACUAUAGUCACUUAAACAAUUUUUAGCUUAAUGAAGCAGUUUUGGUGUAUAGAUCACGCCUUUACAGUCUCAUUGCUAAAGUCUCUGCCAUUUAGGAGUUAAUUCACUUUGUUUAUACAGCCCUAGUCACGCCUCCCUGCAUAUGAUUUGCACAGAGUUCCUAUACACUUCCUGAAAAGUGACAUCUAAUGCUUAAAUUUCUUUAUUAUUUUGAUUAAUUUAGAAUGCAUGAUCUCCUGUGCUGUUAAUAGCCUUCUAGACCUUGCAGGAGUCCUGUGUGUGAUUUAAGUUCAAUUUACAGAGCAGGAAGCACAAACAUCUGAUUUAAAAAUGAAACCAUUUUUAUUUAUUUUCAUGCAGACUGCCAGUAAUUGUUAUUUCAGGUGUGGCUAGGGCUGCAUAAACAGAAACAAAUGUAAUUUAACUCCUAAAUGGAAGAGUAGUGAGGCUGCAUCGGCAUGAUCUAUACACUAAAACUACUUUUAUAAGCUAAACUGGAUUUAAAACCUAUAGUAUCCCUUUAAUGGAAACUGGUAAAAGAGGAAAAUCCAACAUGACCGUAGGAUCUUCCAGAGAUAUUCUCUUGCAUGCACAUUCCAUCUGCAUUAUUACUUAAAGCAGAUCUGUCACUUUAGAAGGUAGGUCUUUGCAUAUUUUGGAUGCAGUGUCUUCUUGGGGUGCAGAGGGAAGUAGUUAUACUUACCAAAUGUCUCCCCCAGAGCCGCCAUCAUCUUUUUGAGCGCCUUCUUCAGCUCCUUGAAUUUUAUCUGCCAGGAGCUGCAUCAGUGCUGUACUCUUGUACAAGCCUCCAUAGAUCAAGUCUUGUGAUAAGCAGGACGAUACCAGAUUCCCACUGCUUGGAUUUGACAAAAGUUGACAGCAAAGCACCAACUUUUGUUAUUUAUAAAGCGCCAACAAAUUCCGCAGCACUGUAUAAUAGGUGUACUAAGAGAUAUGUAUUUGCAACAAGACAGGUUGGACGCACGGCAACAGAGGGUGUUGAGAAGAAGCUUGUGUUCUUUGUCAACCACAGGCUUUCCCAUAAGACAAAGUAGUUCCUACUUUUGGGUUACAUUGGAAUUUCAAUGAAUUUCCAACAAAGUUGUUUUGAAUAUUUCAUACCAAUAUAUCUUUAUGAAAUACUCAGAAGUGAAGAGAUGCUUUAACAAACUAAGGUAUUUAUUUCCUAGAAAUAAGUCAAGCUUUUGCCUCAUUCGAAAGGGGUAUGUUAAACAACUUGUCUUAUGUCUCUUUGCUAUCUAUACCAGCGUGCUGUCCUUAACAAUCAACCUCAAAUGUAUGUGGCAUUAAGUAUUUUUAAUAUGGCGUGCAAUGUCACGCAACUCAUUUAUGAUUAAUUAAAAAGAAAAAAAACCUGUUAAGAACUGAGCUACAAGGUAUGACUGUAAUUUCUGCCUUCGGAAAUUCUGCAUAAAAAUAAAUUGAACAGCCUGUGCAAUCGUUACAACUGUUAAGCAGAUUUUUGUCGUUGAAUACAUUUGUGAUCAUUCUCCAAAUUCAUGCCAUAUCCCAUUUAGAAUAUAAUGCGGAAAGCUAGUCUGCAAAACGGAGGAAAUUAAAUGUUCUGAUUGGCUUCCAGCAUCACAUUACUUUAAAAAAAAAAAAAAAAAAAACUUUUUUCGUAUCACUAUUCACAAGCAUCUAUUUGUCUUUAAAGGUUGAAAAAUGAAUUUCUAAGAUGGUCAAUUCCACUCAAAUAAUAAAAAAAAAAGAUAAUUGAAUCAAGUGGCCUUGCUAAAAAUCAGUUUGUUUGGGAAUAUGGUUUUCAAACUGUUUUUGUAUAGACAUUUUCAAGUGACAGAGCAGUCUUGUUAGCAUAAAUGCUGGCACAAGCCAAGAUGCUGAUCUGCGUGAAUACCAUACAAAAUGGGCAAUUAUGUGUGCUCUUUCAAUUGCAACCAAACUGGUUUUAAUGCAAACUUCCUGUAUAAUAAUUUGGGCUAGGUCUCAUUUCUUUUUGGUUGGGAGGAGAUUGGUUUAUGGAAUGCUGCUUUAAGUAUUGUAAUGGAAAAUGUGACAUGCAUUUUUUUUUUUUUUUUUUAAUUUCUUUAUUUUUGGAUGGGGGCAGAUUUAUUUAUCUUUUAAACACUGUUACAUGUGGAACAGUUUUUUUUUUGUUGUUGUUUUUUUUUUACUGAGAAUUUAAAAGAUCCCGCUGACCAGGAGAAUUUUCCAGCUGUGUUAUGGCCUGCAUGUUGCCAUUCCUUCUGUCCUCUCAUGAAAGCUCACUGUUUAGUGGAUGCAUUAAUGCGUUUAAUCCAACAAGCAAUCAUAAAAGCACUUAUAUAUUGGUUAAGAGAACACACUGGGCACCAUAACCUCAUCAGAAAAAAGUUGUAAUGGUGCAAGGAGGUUCCAGGUUCUGCUUUUCCUGAAGGGGUUAAACCCGAAUGGCUUAACCCCAAAUUCUUAAAUCCCUGAUUGCGCUGCCACUUCACUUCACUUCCACAUUCGCAAAAUGGAGUGAAAAAGGUAUAUUAACAAACUGUUUAACUCCAUCAUGUAAACUGGUGCCCAUGACCACUUUGGACCAUAAUUUCAUUCCAAUGUAGUUGUUAUGGUGUCCAGAAUGGGCCUUUAAUGUUGGGAUCACAUGGCUGCAGGUUAGGUAAGACUUCUUACUAGAGAGCCUUUGUAUGGUAAACUAUGAAACUGGUUUCCCUGCAGAUGGUUUAAUGGACCGUAAAUUUACAAGCUGUGGACCAAAUGUUAGACCAUGAAAUAAGUUUGCAAAUGCUGCUUUACUCACAGGAAAAGAUUUACAUAGUUUUGCACAGUCAUCUGGAACAUCUCUCUUUUACCAAACAUCCAUAACGUUUAUGCAAUCAGAGAGAUGGUUUAGAAUGGACAAAUUCUCAUAGAACUGUUGGACCCAAAUGCUUCCAUAACAAAUUGCUUGAAAUAACAGGACUUGGCAGACAGAAAGCGGUUUAAUAUUAAUGUACACUGUUAAAUCGUUAAACUCCUACAUUCUACAGAAACAAAUAUAUUAAACUCGUGAGAAACUCCUUAUCACCCCUUAUGGUGCUUUCAACGAUGACAGUGCAAUUAAAGCAAAUUUUUAAUUUAAAUUGUUAUUUAUGUGUUGAGAAGUAUCUAUAAUUCCUUUUACUAUGUGUGUUUGGCUCUAAGCCUUGCUUAGACAUUAGGCCUGGGUGUAUUAAAACCUAAGUGUAGUCCUUGUAUAGUCUUCAGUAUUAACAAAAGCUAAUAUGUUAAAUAGUCAUAGUGAAAUGAAGCAACUAUUUGAAUAUCUACUCUAGAGUGAUAUCUGGACAUAAAAUAGGACCUGCUAGUGGCUUGGUUUUUGGGAGUGUAUUGAUGUCUAGGUAAGAACCCUAUCCUGGCUUAUAAAAUAGUUUUGGCUCAUUGUUCCUGUAUGGUUUUUGUUUUUUUGUCCUUCCCUGCACGUGUAUAUAAUUUUGUGCCAUUUCUAGAUAGAUCAUAAUGCUGUAAGAAUAAUUUGCGUAAUGUGUUGUUUGCGCACUAAAUAUAUGGAGGCUGUCCAUUUAAUUAGAAUAGAGGUUGUGUCAAGUUGUCGAAUGAAUUUUUUCAACUUGGAGGAAAACUUGUUUUUAAUGAUUAGCAAAAUUAGUUAAUGGAGUGUAUAAUGCUAUAAUCUAUAAAAGGGAACUUUAAAAUGGUAAAGUAGUAAACCGUACCUAUGACUCUCCAAAUUUUGUUAAAGGAUGGCUUUAAUAUGGUGAGGGGCGUAGUUCAAAUCUCAAGGGCACUGCAUUGUGAUCUAUUCUAUGGGAAUGUCUAGAAGUCAAUUUGAAAAGAGAACAGGAAAUGUGUGAUUUUAACAGUGACUUCAGUACAGUGAUGGUUCGUAUAUUAGAGUAUCCAUUUGCCUCCGUGUGCUACAUUUAUAUGGCUGGCUCAGACUGGAACAUAUGGUAAAUAGCGAUGUAUUUUUACUGUCAGAUUAGUCGUUUUGUCUUGGAGUUUGUAAAAAAAAAAAAAGUGCAUGAGAUGACUAAAACUUUCAUAUUUAUAUAUCAUAUGUAAAUGUUUUCUUUAGUUUUUGUAAGAUCAUAGUUUGGGUAUUUAUACAGAAGGCACUGAUUAUUUUUAAAGGAAAACGUGCAUAGUUUUUUAUUACUAAAAAUAAAAGAUUGCACGUAUUAUAGCCUCUGUGUGUAUUGGUUUGUAAUGCAAACGCCUGAGUAAAUUGCUCCUGAUUUACCCUUGCUCAGUGGGGGCAGCCAUCUUUAGGUCCCCUGUGGUCAGGAACACGGCUUAGCUGAUCAAAAAAUGUGCAGUAAAUUAUCAGCUGGUGUACAUUUGUGUAUCCUAAUGUCAUGUGCAAGAGCUCUGGUACAGUUAAAAACCUUCAUAUUGGGCAUAUUCUUAGCAGAUGGUGUUUCUGACCAAAUAGGGCUAAAGUUGGCAGUCCCCACAUAGAUUAAAACUAAAAUCCUUUUCUUGACUCUUUAGUUUUAUCUUUAUAAUGCCUUAUGGGGCACUAUUUAUCUUGUCCACCCACCUAUUUAAUUGUUUAAAAAAACAUUAAAUAGAUUAACACUUACCUCGAAUCCAGCACCAGGCAAUGUCCUCCUCUCUUCAUUUCCACAUUCUGUUUGGUGUUACUCUGCGUCAACCAUAGUCCAAUCAAAUGCUUUUCAUAGAGAAGUAUUUGAUUGGAUUGUUUCACUGGCUCAGAACGCAUGUGCGUGCUCUGGGCCUGGGUGGGGGAGGCAAAAAUUUAGUUCUAAAAUAAAUAAAAAAAAUAAUAAAAAAAAAUAUAUAUAUAUAUAUAUAUAUAUAUAUAUAUAUAUAUAUAUAUAUAUAUAUAUAUAUAUAUAUAUAUAUAAUAUAAACAUUUUAAAACACAAGGAUGCGGGGAGAUAAAGCCAAUUCCCUGCAACAGUCACUGGUGGCUGCGGUAGCGCCACCCAUGGUCUAGAAGUGUCAGGCUGAGGAGAAGUAGCCCCUAUGUUUGUCUCAGUAUGUCUCUUGACCUGAUUGGAAUUUUAGUGGAAUUCCAAGUCGGUCAAUAUGAAUAGUUCAUAAAGCUUCUAUCUUUAUGAAAUACUCAUUUUUCGGAGGGGCGGGGAUGACCGUGCCACUUUAAUAUAUUUAUCUUCCCAUUAAGGGUUCCUUUAAUGUCACUUGCAUAAAUGGUUGUACCAUCUAAUCUGGGUUCUACCCAAAAAGCAAGAGUCUUAUCUACAGUGCUUUGUUUCCUAAAAACGUUAUUGUUCCAUGUAUGAAAUAAUUACUGCAAUUGGCAGUUGAAGGGUAUAUGUCGUCACAGAUGGAUUAGUAGUGCCCAUUUAUCCACAGAGUGGCACUCUCUUAUAUCUUGCUUUAUAAUAAGUAUGCACCAAAGUUUGUAACUGAUAGGUGUUAUGUUUAAACGACAGAGUAAUUAUAAAUGUAGUCAGCCAUAUUCUACAACCCUGUGCAAUGUGUAAAAAUUCAAGAAAUCUAUAUCCAAAGUAGUUGGAUAUAGUGGCGAUCGGGGCACUGCUCAAACAAACUUGCGACUAAAGGAAGCUAAAAUAUCAAGCUUGAGUAUGUAAUACUAAAUCUGUGUUCAUUGUGACUUCCCUGAGCGGAGCAUGUACAGAAAUCAACUCAGAAAAGUUAGGACUGCUUGGCAGUUACUGAAAGCAUUCAUUAAUUAUUAUUAUUAUUUUAUUAUUUAUAUAGCGCCAACAAACUCUGUAGCGCUGUACAAUGGAUUAAUUCACUGCUUGUGAGUUUUCCUGAUCUAUCCUAUUAUUGAUUAGACCCGCAUGUAAAACAUGGAAUGAAACACAGACUAAAUAAAUCAAUACCUUGAAUGCUUUUUGAUAUGCAUGCUGUUUUACCCUUUUCCGGGGAGCCUCCAUACUUCAGUGUGAAAUAUGCAGGCUCACUCGUUUUGACAGUCAUGCAUUCUUUGCUGUACUAAGAUUCUCAGACAGUUUAGCUACAUGCCAACUACCCACUACUUGUGAAAAGAAGGGUUUUGUGCAGUUGCACUGAGACACUCCGAGGUCUAUUCAAUCUGAGAAUUAUGCACAGGAUUUUGGGAAACUUGCAUAGCAAAAUGCAAACCGUGCACAGUCACAAUAUGGCCUUCUGUUGUGUUUUGUUUUCCUUGCUCUGACUACCUACAACGCCCCCAAGCUCAUUUCGUUUUAAUAAACAUUUUUACGUUGGCUAUUGAACAUGAUAAAAUACUGAAAUUUUACCUCCGUCUGUUUCUAGGAUAUGGAGUGGAGACUACAGAGUAAAGUGUUUUUAUAAUAUUACAUGUUGAGAAAGGGAAUCCUGAAUUAGAGUUGUUUCUCAAGGACUCACUUUUGAGAAUUUUGUGAAAAUAUAACACACUCUAAUGACACUCCAUGUUCAGCUUUUUUUUUGUUCCAUCUUGUUCAAAGAUAAAUUAACAAGUCGAAAAUGUGAUUAAACUGCAAAAGUAGGUCAAGCACCCAAUUUCUGGAUGUAACAGUAACGUUGGUAACUGGGUAUCUGUUUUCGUUUUUCUCUUACCGGCUCUUCUCAGUGGAAGCUGUUUUUUUGUAUAAAUAAAGAGAACAGAUUGUGUCAUUUAAAUAGUAGGAUUUUCUGUAAACAUUCUUAAUGGUAUUGCUCUUUCUCUAUGUAAAAAUAAAAAAAACAAUAUAUAGAUAUAGACACACCUUUUCUUUUUCUUCUCGGUACCUUUAUAUCCUUUGUUGAAGGCUUUUCUUCUAAUUGCUUAUUUUUGUUGUUGUUGUUGUAGUAAGUCUGGUAUUUACUUACAGAUUUACUUAUUGAAUGAUGUAAGAUCCAUUAGGCUGUCAUUGCAUAUAAGCAUAUUAUUCUCCCCGAGGGGCUAUAACGCAGAGAACAAUUACAAUGAAAGAAUUGGCGUCAUGGGGCCUUCGGUUUAUGUCAAGCUGUUUGAAAAUGGCUUGACACAUAAUUAAGGAAUGGAGCCUGGUACAGUGGUUAUAGUUAUUACUGUACUCCUUUAAAACUCAUGGCAAUUUAACAUAACUGGCUUUAAGCAGCAUCCCUAAAGUUAUCAAUGUUGGCAGUAAAGGAAAAACAACCCUUGCUGUCCUCCACCAUCUCAAGGACUCUUACCUCCUGUAGGAUGGAACCUAGUCCUUUUCACCUUUUGCGUAUUGCUAUGACUUUUGUAUAGCUUGUCAAACUUUACAGGACCUGUCGAUGCUUAUUAAUGGUUGGAUAUGGAAUAUAUUGAUUCACAUUCUGUUAGUUUAACCCUGCAAAGUGUUUAUAAGAAAUACUGUUGCUCAACUCCUUUAUAUGAUAUCACCAUCGUAGACUGAUGGACAUGCUUCCAUGCUUGUGUCCUAAUUUGAUAUUUAGCGUUCUGCUUUUUCAGUAGAUGUCUCCAAAAAGUGUUGUUUUUUAUAUAUAUAUAUAUAUAUAUAUAUAUAUAUAUAUAUAUAUAUGUGUUCAAUAGUCCCAAGGGCUAUUAUUUACGUUGGUGAGUAGUUUACCUUUUUUGACCGGCUACAUUAUUCACUCAGUGAUAUUUUUCCAGCAGUGAACAUAUAAUUGAAGAUGUCUGUUGUUGUAGGGCUAAUUGCACGGUGAGGCACUGUUGUUUGUGUCAGAAUGACACUGGAACAAAAUUGCACUUAGUCAUGGUCUUGCAGCAUAAGGCUGAGGGAUGAAUUCCAAAUGAAUUAAUUAUGCAAAAAAGAAAAGGCAUGGGAUUAUGGUAGUAAAAACUUGAAAAUUCUCAAAUAGCAAAGCGUGCAGUAGCAUUGUAGGCUGUCCGUUUAACCAUGUCAACCCCACUGUAGCUGCAACGCUAAAGAAAAUACUAAUUUUGUAUUUAAGACAUCUUAUUUCUUUUUUUUCCUUCACAUGGGUUGUAAAGGAUGCAAUGUAUAAAAUAAACUGGCAGCAGUUUAAUAUAAAAUGACAAAUUAUAAAUAUAUAUGUGUAUACUCUAUGAAUAUCAUAUUUUUUAUCUAUCCAUUUUCUGAAAUUUGCCUUUUUUUUUUUUUUUUCCUCUUUCCCGUUCGUCUUUUAUUUUUUUUUACAUUUUACUGCUUCAGGAAGCCCUGCAUUGCAGUGAAAUGUUGCCAGGAGAGACAAAAUAAAUGAUUUGUUUGGUGCUUUUCAGAAAAUAAAAAGCCAAUUAAAAUCACGGCCAAUGACCAGAAUACGCACAUAUAAGCCUAAACUAAUGGCAACUCUCCUUUACAAUGCAGACUUCCUCAGAUUUUUGAACAUCUCCAAAUGUUCUCUUUAAUAUUAAAAGCAUUCAGUUAAAGGAAUACUUUUUCAACCUAUUUAAUUUAUUCAGCUACACUGGGGACGUUUUCAAAGUGUUCUGAAAACUGAUGGUUAAGUUCCAUCCUUAAUUUGAUUGUAUUUAUUAAAGUGUUCUGAGAUUAUUUUCUUUGAUAUAUUCUGCCAUUUUUCAAAGGAAGUUCCAUUUCAGAUGACUAGCAAAUUGGUGGCAGAAAGAAAAGUGAAUUGCAACAGUUGAUUUUUCUGUCGCAAAAUAUCACAGAUUGAUUUAAAACCAAAAGUGGUGUAUAUUUAGACCGAACAGAUUUAGAAGGUUAUUCCCAGUGCAAUGACAAUACCACAGCCUUUAUUACCAGCCAGCAUGAGAGUUCUAGGCUAUCUAAUGUAAAUUCUGUGCACAGUGCUGGUGAUCUCAGGCAAUGAAUGAAUGGAGGAAUUGGCAUCUGGUCUCUGCUGAAGCCGGAUGCCAUUCAGCCAGCAUGCUAAUAGACUUGGCGUCUGGCAAGGUCCAGGUGGCAAACCAUUGCAAAAUAGUUUGCCCCUUUCAUGGGGAAUGGUAGCAUGGUAGUCUUGGCAUUAUAACCCUUAUAGCUGGCUUAAUGUGUUACACUGAUCAUCUCCUGCUAAUUAGAUAUAACAGCGUUGACGACACUUUUUUAAUAAAUCUCUCCAAGUGUUACUCAGACCAUUCUGGACCAUCAGUGGUCCAGAAUUAAAAUUUUUACCCAUCUCUGUUCUGUAUCGUUUAAAAUUGAAACCUGGACUCAUAGUUGUCAUUGUGAACUGGCUUUAGAACUCUCUGUUCUAAGGGCUGAUGUGAUAAAAUUUUACGUGGGAUAUAGACAAAGGUAGGACAAGAGGACAUAGUCUUAAAGGACCACUCUAGCCACCCAGACCACUUCAGCUUAAUGAAGUGGUCUGGGUGCCAGGUCCAGCUAGGGUUAACCCAUUUUUUCAUAAUUAUAGCAGUUUCAGAGAAACUGCUAUAAUUAUGAAUGGGUUAAGCCUUCCCCCUAAUCCUCUAGUGGCUGUCUCAUUGACAGCCACUAGAGGCGCUUGCGUGCUUCUCACUGUGAUUUUCACAGUGAGAGCACGCAGCGUCCAUAGAAAGCAUUGUAAAUGCUUUCCUAUGCGACGAAUGCGCGCGCAGCUCUUGCUGCGCUGCGCGUUCCGCCGGGCGGCGGAGAGGAGGAGAGCUUCACCAGCUGAAAAGGUAAGUUUUUACCCCUUUCCAGAGCCGGCGGGAGGGUCCCUGAGGGUGGGGGCACCCUCAGGGCACUAUAGUGCCAGGAAAACGAGUAUGUUUUCCUGGCACUAUAGUGGUCCUUUAAAUAAGAGGGCAAAGGUUUAAAAAUAUCAGGAAGUAUUACUUUACUGAGAGGGUAGUGGAUGCAUGGAAUAGCCUUCCAGCUGAAGUGGUAGAGGUUAACACAGUAAAGGAGUUUAAACAUGCGUGGGAUAGGCAUAAGGCUAUCCUAACUAUAAGAUAAGGCCAGGGACUAAUGAAAGUAUUUAGAAAAUUGGGCAGACUAGAUGGGCCGAAUGGUUCUUAUCUGCUGUCACAUUCUAUGUUUCUAUGUCUAGGUAGCAUGAGAAAGAUGAGAAAAUUGCUUCCUUAUAACCACUUUAUUGAAGGGUUACAACAAUCAUUUUAAGCACUACAACAUGCUGUAAUGGUGAUGAGACUAAAAACACCAUGGCCCAGUUCACCAUUAGUAGGGCAAACCAUUUAGCAAUAGUUUUCCCCCUUAUCUGUAGUUCCGAGGCUCCCUCAUAGUCUAGUGAUGCACUUCUGCAGAUCUGCGGCCAUAGUCAUUCAUUAUCCAUCCCAGACUCUAGUUCCAGACUUGCUGAUGACACUGCUAUGACUCUGCUGGAGGUGGAGUUAGACCUGUGGCAGGAGAGAGGUUAAACAGAGCAUCCGUCCCCUACUUCUGUGCUCUUAAGCAUUCUGCUGUUUGAAAGCCAAGAGAAGAGUUCUAUUUUAGUGCAAAAAAAAAAGCAUUGCUAAUUGUAACUUAAUACAGCCAUUGCGGUGGAAUAAUCAAGAACAUAUAUUCGUUUACAUAGUGAUUUCUCCUGUUUUUAAAACUUUGUCCCAGAAUUGUUCUUUAUAAACUAUCUCCAUUGACGUUUGUGCUUAUUAGGAAAUAGGUAAAGUCGACUAAGCAUACAUAAAUAUACAUUUUUGUUAAAGAUAUUACUUAUAUAAAAUACAGACUUGUAGAGACACUUGCAAUGUUUUACAUUGUAUAUUCUUUAAUUUCAGUGCUAAAAUCCAUUCUUUUCCCAUUUAAGGACAAUAUUAUUUUAAUUUUUUUUAAUUUGUCAUUUUUAUUUUUCACAAAUCGGGAAAGGGGCACAGAAAAAAAAAAGGGGGGGAUGGGAGGGGGGAGCAGUGUAACAUCACAGCGAGUUUUCAUACAGUACAUCAGAUAAAAUGUACAUCUAUGCAGACAAGACUAUUGUUAAAGAUAAGCAUGACUUGUUCCAUUUGGGUCAAUAAUGGACAAUGACAAUGAGACAACAUAAUUCUCUAGUCCAUAUGUAUUGCAGAGGUUUUUUCAACCUUGUGUAACAAAUGGUAUUAAAAUGCAGGAAAGUCUUGAUAUAGAAAAAUAUUUUGCGCUGUAGUGGUUAUGGUGCUUGAAGUGCACUGGCGUUCCCAAUAUAAGUAGUCAAACAGUUUUCUAAUGGUUUGACUUCUUAUUAGGGUUCUGCUGGGGCAACACUCCACCCGUCGUCUUAGCCAGAAAUGAGAGCUAGAAGGUUCUGCUCAGAGGUCCUGUUAACUCUCAUCAGUUAAGCCGUCAAUGCCAUCUCAUUGGCUUAGAGCAUCUGCGGAUUGCUUUCAACUAAUCAUCUAAACUUGGCUAAGGGUUGAGAGCGUCUGGUUGAGAUGGGGCCGUUUUUGGUAAUGGCGGACCCCAGGUAAAAAGUUAAUCCAAGACUUUUUACACGGUGGGUGCAGCCCCAGGGCUCUCCUGGCACCAUAACCACCUCAGUGUGUGCGCAUUGUAAUGGUAUGAAUAAAAAACACACAAGAUCAAAGUUAGUAAUUAUCCUACCUGCAAAUGUUUGUCUAGCUCAUGUUUGCUUUUUUUUCUAAAUUGAAACAUAUGCACAUAUUCCAGAGCUGCAGUUUGAUGGUCUGAAAGCUUCUCGUGCAAAAUAAGACCUUUUUCUAUUUUUCAUUCCACAUCUGAAUCAUGGAAAUAUUUAAGAACCUCAGAUAAAGUUUUGCUUCUGCAUCUGAGAGCAAUGGUUAUUUCAAAAAAGCCAGUUCCUUGUAAUCUUAAGCAUGUUAUUUGAAAAGUUUGGUGCAUGAUAAAAAAUAUAUAAAUUGAUAUUUGGUGUGUGCAGUAUGGUUGCUGACGGCUUUGUGGUUAAACUGUACCUGGCAUUACAGAUUCACUUUAGGUGCUAUUAUUUUAUUGAUUAAUAAAUGUAUAGUGUAUAAUAAAGCUAAACUAUAUAUUUUAUUUCUUAGGAGAUAUUAAAUACUUUGCUUCUCCAGCACUUUUGCCAUCAUGGCAAAUUUGUGGGUGUUGUACCAAUGCAGCAUCCGUUCCCUCUUUCAUGCUACCUCCUGCCUUCCUCCUACGUGAUUGAAACUACUUGAGAACCCUUCCCACAGCAGGGUGUACCUACCUUUAUAGUGUUAACACUAUAUUAAAUAGCAGCACAUAUGAUGUUUGUCACUCUAUUCCUGUGUCUUGCUUGCAAAGUGAGAACAGUGAAGAAGAGCCAGUAGAACCAUCAAGGAUUCUCCUGCUCUUACUUGUCAAUCAUUUUCUCAUGUUGUGUUGCAGUUAGAGAGAGACCGUUUACUUUGAAUUCUACACACAAUUUAUAGAUGAAGUUUUAAGCUCUCUCAGUUGAGCAGGAGUUGAUAUACCCAUCACAGAAACACUUAAGAUUUAGAUAUUGAGCAUGAAACCAAGUAUGUGUUUGAAUAAAGCAAAGAAUGUUUGUUGUGCUUUUGUAUUACAUUUCAGCAGACAUAAUUGCAAAAUGUAAAAUGCUAGAUCUUCGAUGACUAAAAUAUCCAGUUUGUGAGAUAGCUCUAGCUCUGUAGGUGGCUUGUUAAUGGUCUGGUCGAGUAUCAUUCCUUAAUUUAGAGUUUAGAAUUAAUGUUCAUCCAAGUCUGCAGAAUUAUGUAGCCAAAUUUAGGAAGGUAUGGCUAAUUUGUAAUUCCGUUCCAGUUUGUAAGUAUAGCUACCCUCGAUGUUAAAUAAAAAUUCAGCAAUAUGGUAUAUACUUGUAACGUUUUGGUUGUUUUUAAAUAAAACAAUAUAUAUAUAUAUAUAUAUAUAUAUAUAUAUAUAUAUAUAUAUAUAUAUAUAUAUAUAUAUAUAUAUAUAUAUAUAUAUAUAUAUAUAUAUAUAUAUAUAUAUAUAUAUAUAUAUAUCCAUAUAUAUAUCCAAAAUAAGAAGAGUAUUGCGGUAUGAAAUUCUUUUAAAAAAAAAAAAUAUAUAUAUAUAUAUUUUUUUUAACUUUUUUUUUAUUGGACUAACAUGAUCUUAUAAAUAAUCGGGCUUUAGUAAGCAUGGUUUAAUAGUAAGUGACAAGUACUUAAGACAACUGAUUUUGUCUAACUGUAUAUUCCAUGUCUCUUACUAAUCAAUUUGUUUUUUUUUUUAUGAAACUGGCUUUGCAUUUAAGGACCACUAUAGUGCCAGGAAAACAUACUCUUUUCCUGGCACUAUAGUGCCCUGAGGAUGCCCCCACCCUCAGGGACCUCCUCCCGCUGGGCUGGAUGGCGAGGAAAGGGUUAACUCUUACCUUUUUUCCAGCGCCGGGCGGGGAGCUCUCCUCCUCCUCUUCGGCUGAAUGCGCAUGCGCGGCAGGAGCUGCGCGCGCAUUCAUAGGAAAGCAUUCAUAAUGCUUUCCUAUGGAUGCUUGCGUCUUCUCACUGUGAUUUUUACAGUGAGAAGCACGCAAACGCCUCUAGCGGCUGUCAACGCCUUUAGAGGCUGGAUUAACCCUAUUAUAAACAUAGCAGUUUCUCUGCUAUAAACUGCUAUGUUUAUAAAAAAAAAAAAGGGUUAAUCCUAGAGGGACCUGGCACCCAGACCACUUCAUUAAGCUGAAGUGGUCUGGGUGCCUAGAGUGGUCCUUUAAAGAAGCUGAAUGAAAUUACAAGUUGUUUGUACACUCUGAUUUAAAUCCAUUAUUAAUGUAGCAACCUUUAUUAGUAUAUUAAACCAUGCAUAUACCUACCUUUCCUUGUGUUCCAGCAGCAUGAUAUAGUGAGUUCUACAAGGAACAUAAAGUGCCCAAUAUCGAUGGCAUAGCAACUGCUAACAAAUGUAGAUAAGUGUCUAAAUGUGACUUCAUAAGUAAAUGGCAAACAUGAUUUUCUGUUUCAUUUUUGUAAUCUAUAUAGAGGCAGUCUGAGAAUCGCUAUUUUUGACAGCAUGCAGUUUGCUAAUCCUUUACUGCAGUCAAUAUGUUUUACUUUUCUUCAAUACUUUGCUUUUUUUAAAUAGAAAAUCCGUUUUGUAACUUAUGUUGCCAUUUGAAUGUCAGUAAUUUCUUCUGUAGCAAUUGGUGAGUAAUUAUGUCUAAUUAAACAAAUAAACCUGGUUAUCUUUCUCUAUAGUCCUGUAGUCUCUCAGCAUAUUAUUUGAUGGGAGAAUAUUAUCCCAUAUUGAGGAAAAAUCCUGAAAUACAAUUGAUCUGUAGGUAUCUUAUUUAAAAUCUAGAUCAUUUGUUAUUUAAAUAAUCUGCAACAUUUUUUCCCAACUAAGAAUGUGGGACACUUGUAUUCAAAUUUCUCUUUUCCAGUUAUUUUCUAAACCAAAAUAACCUUUAGUUGCGCAAUGAAACUAUAAAGCCCAUAAAUGGUAAUUUGCUACUUUGUACAUCAAAACAUGCCUUUUGAUCAGCCCACACACAUCGUGAGGUUGUGAUGGCAAACAUUAGACAUGAAUUUUCGCGCUCGCUGUUCAAUUUUUAAAAUAGGCUGCAUACAGUUCUGCAGCAUUGUUGUGGAUCAAUCAGCAGAAAUGUCUCUGGGUUCCACACUUGUUGCCUCCACUAUUAGACCUUGAUACAUUUUUAUAUAUUUAUCCCAUUGUCUCAUUCCCAAAAAAAUGUAGUUUAUGGAAUAUUGGUUAUUCUAGAUAAAAAUGCAUUUAUUUGACAGAAUAUGAUUACUACUCUUAAUUUAAUGUUUUGGGUUUUUUACCCAACUUAAAUAUUUGUGAGUUUUUGCUUCCAUGGUUACACUUCUUAUAAUAAAGAGUUUGAGUGAGAUAUAUAAUGUUUUAAAAUAGUUUAUUUUAGUUCUCCCUAGGUAUAAGAGAUUUUAGUGUACCGGCAGUAUAUAAAAACUGUUUGAAGUGUGUGCGUGUUACGAUUACAAACACAGCUAUAAAGUGACGAUAUUAAAUGCUGACAAAAAAAACCAGUAUCAUAGGUAAAAUUAGCAUGGUGGAUUAUAUGUGAUACUCAAAUAUCACUUAAAGCUCUGAACUUUGUACUUGGCUGUAUGUUUUAGACUUCAAUGUAUGAGUUGUGAGACCCCUUUCUAUGGUAAGAUAUAUCUACCCCUUUACAUCCCCGGUUUGUAAUCCAUUACCUUUUGCAUCAAACCACCUUAAAAAUCUUGGUGUGGAAAAUGACUUAAGUAUGUUUAAAGCCGCUUAUUAAACAUAAACGUUGCUGCAACUAAUCGCAAUAAAUACUUUGUAACUCGAUGUAUGAGGGUAAGUCGUUAUCUGGGUAAACACUGUAUCUGCAUAAAUUCUAGAAUAAUUUUUCUGGUUAUAGUUUGUACUUGAUGUACGUGUACCUUUUUUUUGUUUUUGUUUUUUUUAUAUAUAAAAGAACUAGUUUGUGUAUAGUUUUACAGACACCGCUUACAACCUAAAGCUAUGGGACAAAAAUUAAAAGCCGGGCUGUGAUGAAACGUGUAGGUAUAUUUUGUGUCCAACACCCUUCAACUGCAUUUUAAUCAUGGAUUUCCAGAUUACAAUGCCGAGAGAGGGGGCGCAUGGUGAUAAUUCCCUUUUGUACUGUACUUUUAAUGUGUUCUCUUUUAAAUGUAUUGUACUGUAAUAAUAUAACUAUCGAUUGCCUUGUAUAGGACCUUAACAUAUACCAUCGCCAAUUCCAAGUUUUUCGAUGCAUGUUGACAGUUAGCAUCUAAAACAAAUAACUUUUGAUCCAUGGUGCUAUCUCCUCUUAUGGUGCUUUUAUAGAUGCUAACUGCACACCUGCUAAGCAAAGCUUGAAUAAAAGAAAAAACAUGUUCCGUAUUGCAGCGUUGUCCGUUUAUAAUGACAUAAGAACAAUAUUUUGAUAAACUUGAAUUUCCUGUCAAAGAUUCAUUGACAAUCCAAGUAAAACUUUUAUAUGUAGGGUGUUUCAUUUCUUUUUCAUUUUCUUCCCUUUUUUUUCUUUUCUUUUCCUUAUUUUAUUUAUGUAUUUUUUUUUCUUUUUAAGAUAGCAGCUCUGUUCUGAAACCAUGCUUCAUAUACAGAAACCACAACAUGUCUGUUUUUGCCAAGGAGUUACCGGACACUUUCUAACUAACCCUUCCCAUGCCAUGGAAGGGGUUACGACUUCACACAAUCCUGAUAUGGCCAAGAAGCUUAAUGCUAGCUCUGACAGUAGUUCAUGAUUAUAUCACACUAACAAAAUAUUCCAAAUGAAAUACGGUACUUUACGAAUAUUAAACACAAAUACAGUGACACUUGUUUUAUAAAGUUAAUUUCUUUUGCAU